GGGUCACAUCCUACUCACUGCAUACACUCCUCACCAGUGGACGGGCUGCCUGACACUCAGUUCCUCCUGGAAAUCACUGGCAGGAGUUUGUAGCGCUCAGCAGCAUGGAAGUAACCAAAGGAGAGGACCGCUCGGCUGCACAGGCUGCGUCUUUAUUUGGGACACCAGAGCUGGAGAGUCAAGGCAGAAACAAUGAGCGGGGAAAGAAGAAGAAAAACCACUGUAAAAUCAUAACUGGGGUUCUGUUGCUGUGCUUACUGGUGGUUAUCCUGGCUAUGGUGUUUUCUCUGAGAAAGAGCAGUGAUGGAAACGGAGGGAAGAUCUGGCUGCAGGAGGCCGAUGAGGAAAUUCAACAGCCACAGUGUCCACCCGGUUUUUCCAGACCUCCUCUCAUCCUGGUGUCCUUGGAUGGUUUCAGGGCGGAGUAUCUAAAAGAUCACAGCAGCCACCUUCCUGUUAUCAACAAGUUGCGAAAUGCCGGAACAACAACUGCAUACAUGAGACCUGCUUAUCCCACAAAGACCUUUCCCAACCACUACAGCAUUGUGACUGGCCUUUAUCCUGAGUCUCAUGGGAUUGUGGACAACAAGAUGUACGAUGUGACCCGAAACGCUUUCUUCAGCUUAAAAACAGAUGAGAAAACAAACCCACAAUGGUAUCAAGGAGAGCCAGUCUGGCUCACUGCCAUACGUCACAAACUGAAAGCAGGAAGCUUCUUCUGGCCUGGCUCAGAUGUAGCCAUCAAUGGCACCUUACCUGACUUCUACAAGCUGUAUGACAAGAGCAUUACAUUUGAGAGGAGGGUGUCGACGCUGUUUGAAUGGCUCAGUUUACCACAGGGAGAAAGACCAGACUUCUACACUUUGUACCUGGAUGAACCUGACUCAUCAGGACAUUAUUAUGGGCCAAGAAGCCAACAGGUCGUUCAGGCCUUGGAAAAUGUGGACAGGAUUGUGGGCAUGCUAAUGGAUGGCCUGUUACAGAGAGACCUGCAGCACUGUGUCAACCUGAUAAUCGUAUCAGACCACGGCAUGGAGGAGGCUUCGUGUGAAAAGACAGCAAUUUUGUCAACCUACCUGGACAACACUGGCGACUUUUCUGUCAUCCAAGGCCCUGCUGCUCGCAUCAGACCCAGUCGCCUCCCAGAUAAUUACUUUUCCUUCGACUAUGAGGGCCUUGUGAAGAACUUGUCGUGCAGGACCUCUGACCAGCCAAUGAGGCCUUACCUCAAAGAAAACCUCCCCAAAAGGAUGCACUAUGCUAACAACAAACGCAUAGAGAGAGGCCACCUCUAUAUGAAGGAAGGUUGGCAGGCGGCGCUUAACCGUGCGGAUAUCAAGUACUGCACAGGGGGAUUCCACGGCUCAGAUAACCUCUUCACCAACAUGCAGGCAAUCUUCAUUGGCCACGGUCCAGGAUUUAAAGAAAACACUGUUGUGCCCCCUUUUGAAAACAUUGAAAUAUAUAACCUCAUGUGUGACCUCCUCGGUAUUCGUCCUGCUCCAAACAACGGGACUCACGGCAGCCUGAACCACCUUCUGAAGAGUCCAGUCCACUUCCCAGUUCACCCAGCACAGCUCUCCCAUGAUACCCCCUGUGAAGCCAGCGACCCUGUCUCCACUGAUGAUCUGCAGUGCACCUGUGCAUCUCAAACUAAGACAAUGGAGGCAGAUAUGAACAAACAUCUUAUGACAGUUAAUUCCAGUGUUAAAGCUAGCUUACGCCGCCUACACCAUCCCUUUGGCACCCCUCACGUCGUCCAACCAGGUGCCACCUUUUGUCUUCUCCAUCAGUCUAACUAUCUCAACGGAUACAGUAAAGAUCGCCUCAUGCCCCUCUGGGUGUCGUACACCAUCCAGCCUCUGACCAGAGUCCGACCCCUGAGCCCAGAGUCGGAGGCGUGUGUUCGUGCUGACGUGCGCAUCCCACCGGCCGCCAGCCAGCUGUGUGCACGCUACAGAGACAACCCCACUCUGUCCUAUGGCCUGCUGCAUCCCCCCAAUCUGAGUGCCAGUGGACAUGAGACAGACUCUCUUAUCACAAGCAACAUGGCACCAAUGUUCCCUGCAUUUAAAGAUGUUUGGGAUUAUAUCCAUGAUGACCUGCUUCCAAAAUAUUCUCAAGAACUGAACGGAGUCAACAUCAUGAGUGGGCCGAUAUUUGAUGAAGACUUUGAUGGAAACGUUGAUGCACUCAGAGCAAUUUUAAGGAAUGAGGCUCCCAUCCCGACGCAUUUCUUCAUGAUCCUGACCAGCUGCGGGAACUCGACCUUCAGCCCUGUUAAUUGCGAGGGUCCCCUGCAGGCCAAGUCCUUCAUCCUGCCCCACAGACCUGACCACACAGAGAACUGUGCUCAUGGGUUGAACGAGACGUGGGUGAAGAAAUGGCUGCAGUUUCACACAGCACGAGUCAGAGACAUCGAGCUUCUGACCGGACUCAGCUUUUACCACGCCAGGUUAUCAGUGGAAGAGACACUACAGCUCAAGACAUAUCUACAGACUGCCUAAAAUCAGAGGCCUUGUCGAAUGAAGCUUUAAUUUCCAAAGAAAGCGGUACUGGUCUGCACAACAGGCCCCUGUCCACGUGGACACAGUUAAGUUCCAUCCAGGGUUUUUGUAAUACGACAGAUCCCCAAAAAGGUUUUAUUGUUAUUUGAUGUGUGAAAGCUGUAUAUUUGUUUUUGAUCAUGUUUUGAUUAAUUAAGUUUUAUAAACUAGAUUCGGGAGCUAAGGCCACGCCUCAAACUCAUCCAAUUUCCGCACACCAAGUACUUAAGCACACCUUUUCCGUUCACGUCCCCUUGACGCGACUUUCUCAUCCCUCCCACCCAAAUCCCUUUCUGUUUCUCUCUCUCUCUCCCUCUGCUCUCUUCUCUCUCUUUGUCUGCAUACAGGAACCAGGGAGGUUUCCGCACGUCUGCAGACUAAGAGACGACUCACCCACCCCAAGUCUCGCCUCCACCGGUUCCCGCACACCUUCUCGCCAGCAGACACUGGUCUGCUCUUCACUCACGCAUCCAUCGGCGCAUAUCUGACUCCUCCCCUUCAUCCCUCACCUGUCUUCCCCUCAGCCCUUCAUCCAUCACACCUCAACCCCUACCCCUCAUUCCUCGACCCUCUCCCCCAUCCCUACAUACCUCAGCCUACCCUCUCGGCACUCGAUCCGUUCUUUUCAUAUAAUCUGUCUCGGCUCCAUUACAAGCAAUAAACCAUUGUUAAUCUUCUACGUUCGUAGGCGUGGUCUUUGUUAGUGAAAUGAUUUUAUAGAGAAAAUUCAGAGGGCUUUUUUAUGAUUGAGGCUCCGGUGCUCUGAACCAAAAAACACCGUCACAUCUGCUGAGUGGCAGUGUUUCCUCAGAUGGGAACGUUUGGCGGGAACAAAAUAAAAGGGAAAAGAAACACUUAAAGUAUUGAUGGAAGAAGAAUCUAUUUAUACUACAAUUGCUUUUAUUGACAGGGGCACUUCAAGAAACACAUGACAAUCUGGAAACAAAUUGCUGCCAGACAGCUGGAGAGUUUGCUGCAACAGCCGGGGGAAAAAACUCGAAAGAAUCGAAUAAAAAAUAUAGGUUUUGGUACUCGACAAUAACACUUUCACCACAGUUCAUGGUAGUUGUUUUUUUUGUAUUUUCUUAAAAACAACAUUGGUGCUGUAUUAAGUAUUUUGUAAAUUUUUGGUUUGGUUAAUGACAUAUUUGAGUGUGUGUGUGUGUGUGUGUGUGUGUACUGUAUGCAUGGAUGGAUUAUGAAACAAAUUUGUCCCUGGGCACAGACAUGUAAAAUGCCCCCGACAUCCUGCACAGGAGUGAGAGACCCAGACUGAAAGAGACAUAAAAUAAAUACAAACAACUCAUUUUGUUUGUAGUUAUUCUGUGUCUCUUUCUAGUAAUGUCUUUAUCUCUUUUUGGUUGUUUGCAUCUCUUUGUAGUAAUUUUUCAUCUCUUUGUGGUUGUUUGUUGCCCAAAAUGGUGUCCCAUAUAUUAACCCAUCCAUGACUGUGUGUGUGUGUGUGUGUGCGCUGAAAUAAUUUCUGGUAUCUUCAUAGUUUCUGUUCAGCCUUUUUAUCUUUGCUCUUCACAGCAACUGUCUGGAAGUCGAGCUUGGUAGGUCAUUUGUGGAAAAUAUAUAUAUACAUUUCCAUAAUGCAUAGAGUUUGUCAGUCUUGUCAGAAAUGGCAGCUAUGGUCAAAUACACAAUUUCAUAUAAAACUCUUCCACACUGAAA